CGUAACAGAAAAUGACAUCCAUCAUCAAAUUACAUGCCAUUUCCGGCGCAAUGGACGAAUCGCCGCCUUGCUAUAUUCUCCAAGUGGAUGAAGUUCGCUUUCUGCUGGAUUGCGGCUGGGAUGAAAAAUUCGACCAAAAUUUUAUCAAAGAAUUGAAAAAGUAUGUCCACACUAUUGAUGCGGUGCUAUUAUCCUACCCAGAUGGACUUCACCUCGGAGCGCUACCCUAUUUGGUCGGAAAGCUUGGAUUGAAUUGCCCCAUUUACGCCACUAUUCCGGUGUAUAAAAUGGGUCAAAUGUUUAUGUACGACCUAUUUAUGUCUCAUUACAACAUGUACGACUUUGAUCUGUUUACACUGGACGACGUCGACGCGGCUUUCGAUAGAAUCAUUCAACUUAAAUACAACCAAAGCGUUUCGUUGAAAGGUAAAGGCUAUGGCAUUACAAUAACCCCUCUCCCAGCUGGUCAUUUGAUUGGCGGAACAAUUUGGAAAGUCGUCAAGGUGGGCGAGGAGGACAUCGUUUACGCAACAGAUUUUAAUCAUAAAAAAGAAAGACAUUUGAACGGCUGCGAACUAGAAAAGCUGCAGCGACCGUCUCUGUUGAUAGUUGACGCUUACAAUGCACGCUAUCAACAAGCAAGACGACGAGCGCGGGAUGAGAAGUUUAUGACGAACAUUCUGCAAACACUUAGAAACAAUGGAAAUGUCCUUGUGACUGUAGAUACCGCUGGGCGUGUGCUCGAACUCGCGCAUAUGUUAGAUCAACUGUGGAAAAACAAGGAAUCCGGAUUGAUGGCUUACUCUUUGGCACUACUGAAUAAUGUGAGUUAUAAUGUGGUUGAAUUCGCCAAAAGCCAAAUCGAAUGGAUGAGCGACAAACUGAUGAAAAGCUUUGAAGGAGCGCGAAAUAAUCCCUUUCAGUUCAAGCAUCUAAGAUUGUGUCAUACAAUGGCAGAUUUGGCGAAGGUGCCUAGUCCAAAGGUAGUCUUGGCCAGUUCAUCAGACAUGGAAAGUGGGUUUUCACGAGAACUUUUUGUCCAAUGGGCCAAUAAUGUAAAUAACAGUGUGAUAAUUACAAGUAGAUCAUCGCCAGGUACACUUGCCAGGGAUUUGAUUGACAAUGGUGGUAACGGUCGAAAGAUAGAACUCGAUGUUCGACGUAGAAUUGAGCUGGAAGGAGCCGAGUUGGAUGAGUACAUGAGAACCGAGGGUGAAAAGCAUAGCCGGUCGAUUAUCAAAAGUGACAUGGAUUUAGACAGCAGUUCCGACUCUGAGGAUGAACUAGAAAUGAGUGUGAUCACUGGUAAACACGACAUAGUAGUUCGACCGGAAGGUCGUUCUCAUACCGGUUUUUUUAAAUCAAGUAAGAAACAAUAUGCCAUGUUUCCAUUCCACGAGGAAAAAAUUAAAUUCGACGAAUAUGGUGAGAUAAUACAACCAGAUGAUUACCGAAUGGUGGACGCGGGUCCUGACGGUGCAGGCGAAGAUAAUAAGGAAAAUUACCAGAUCAAGCCAGAGGACAUUAAGAAGGAAAAGGACAGUGAACUAACAGUAUUAGACAAACCAACCAAGUGCAUCAGUAGUCGUAAACUAGUGGAAGUAAAUGCUCAGGUUCAAUUCAUUGAUUUUGAAGGACGUUCGGAUGGAGAAUCUUUGCUGAAGAUUCUAUCUCAGCUGCGGCCGCGCCGUGUGGUGGUUGUACGUGGUUCACCUUCAAAUACCUCUCAUAUUGGAGAACACUGUCAGUUGAAUAUAGGUGCCCGAGUGUUUAGUCCUGCUCGGGGAGAGGUGAUUGAUGCCACCACAGAAACGCACAUCUACCAAGUUCGACUGACGGAAGCGCUCGUUUCUCAGCUCGAAUUCCAGAAGGGUAAAGAUGCCGAACUAUCUUGGAUUGAUGCACAGAUUGUCGUGAGGAAUAAGCAAUUUAGUGCUGAGACAGAGCAAGAUGUAAAUGCAGCAUUGAGUGGGCCGCUUAGUGGUACUACGAAUAAUGCUACUACAAACAAUGCAAUCGCAGCUGCUGCUGCUGCCGCCUCAGAUGCUCCGAUGGAUGUUGACCAGUUGGAUGGAUUGGAGGAUAAAAGCGACAAGCAGAUACUGACAUUGGAGCCGCUAAAGAAUGAUGAACUGCCUGCUCACAAUUCGGUCUUCAUUAACGAAUUAAAGUUGAUCGAUUUCCGACAGGUGCUGAUGCGGGCGAACAUCAACUCGGAGGUUUCAGGAGGUGUGUUGUGGUGCAGUAAUGGAACAUUGGCUCUGAAGCGUGUCGACACCGGAAAGGUGACAAUAGAAGGAUGCCUGUCGGAGGAUUACUACAAAAUUCGAGACCUACUCUAUGAACAGUACGCCAUAGUGUAGACACAACUGAAUCGAUUAUUUUA